UUGUAACCGCUGGCGUUAAAUUCGGUAAACUUUCGUUCUUUUUUCGGGAAUGUUCUCGGCUUCUUCGCGCGGUCUCAUGGGUGACUUUUCGGCAUCGUUUCGGCGAUGUUCCAAAAAAUUAUCGGUGUCUUCGGAUAAGUACUCCGGGUUCUCGGUGAACCCGACUCACCGGGACCAAGACCUGGUUUCUGCUAUUCACCCUUCUGCCUCGAAUUCGUCUUACUUACUCGACAUGCUUCGUUUUGUCGUGGGCACGUAUACACGCCUGCUGUAUGGAGUAGACGUUGACCUUAAGAAAAACACAUCAAAGCCGAUUUGGUUAUUUGAAGCCCACGAGAAGGGUUUGACUGCACUUGCAGUAGACGGAAUCCAUUUGGCUUCUACUAGUGGUGACGAGACUAUCAAAAUUUACGAUCACACAAAAAACAUACAAAUUGCUGAUGUGUCGGUGCCUACGGACGUCUCUAAUGCUUGUGUUCGGUAUAUGAGGUUCACAAAAAAGCAUCUGCUGGCUUGUCACGACAAUGGACAGAUUACUAUGUGGUCAAGAGAUUCUUGGUUGCUGGUCCAUGUCUUGAAAUCGUCUUCCAGCAAGGGUAUUACUGGAAUUGCAGUCCACCCCUCAGAAAAGCUCGCUUUGACCGUCGGUGGAGACGGAAAGCUGCGUCUUUGGGACCUUGUUCGCGGUAAAGGAAGCAAGGUUGUUGGUCUCGAACGAGCCGGUGAACUCGUGGACUUUUUGAACGAUGAAACGUUUAUCGUUAUGUCACGGACGUCGGUAGAAGCAUUUAAUUUUAACAUUGAGUCUCUUUAUACUUAUAAGUCUAAGUCGCAGCUGAACACAAUGUGUUUCUAUAAGGAUAAAAUAGCUGUUGGACAGGGAGACGGUAAAAUAUCGAUUCUUGAUGCCUCCAAUGGAGAACUCUUGAAGCAACUCGAUACCAAACAAAAACGUGUCAAGGCUCUGUAUGCAGCUUGUGGCUAUCUUGUCAGUGCCAGCUCUGAUGGCAUUGUUAAAAUUUGGAACGAUAAGUGGGAAUGUGUUGCAGAACACAAGGUCCCCGAGGGCAACCGUGUUACAUGUAUGGUUGCAAUGGAAGCUCUUACUUCUGCCGUUCCUAAACCUCAGAAACGCGUCUCUCAGUCAGAAAGCGAAAGCGAUAGUGAGAGUAGCAGCAGCGAAAGCGAGGAUGAAAGUGCAGAAGAGAAAACGGAAACAAAGGUGAAGGCGAAGAGAGCAAACAAGAAAAAACGUGUUGAUUAGAAAAAAUAAACAACUUGGGUUUUGGAGUAUGGCAAAACAAGGAAUGAGGUAAUCAAUCAAUAUGGUAUUCGAGGGGAGGGACUUACUGACUAUGGAGAGAGUCAAAUAGUGGGAUUUGCUUGUGUAGUGGAUAUAAUAUAUGAAGCCUCAGAGUUUACA